AUGCUACCCAAAAUUUGUAUUUCUUCACAAGGUGAGUUUGUCGAUGAGAAUGGUAAUUUAGUACAGUUGCGAGGAGUCAAUUUUGACCCUACAGUAAAAUUUCCCUCUAAUCCAAACUAUCCGACUUAUUUACCUAUAAAUUUUAACCAACAGAAUCAAGAAUCAGUCAGUUUCAUCAAUCAUCCUGUUCCUAUUACAGAAGUUAAACCUCAUAUCUUUCGCCUAAAAUCGUUAGGAUUCAACUGUCUUAGGGUCCCCUUCACUUGGGAAUCUAUGGAACAUGACGGUCCCGGAAAAUACGAUUUUGAAUAUAUGGAUUACUUAAUUACUUUGCUUAAGACUAUUCACAUGAUCGACAAUGGAAUGUACAUAUAUUUGGAUCCACACCAAGAUGUAUGGUCUAGAUUCACUGGUGGCUCGGGGGCACCACUCUGGACGCUUUAUGCUGCAGGGUUUCAACCAAACAGGUUUUACGAUACAUCUGCUGUACUGUUACAUAGUGAUUAUGCAAGAGAGUCUAAUGACAGUAAAAAAAUUUUGCCCAUGUUAUGGACUACCAAUUAUUACAGGUUAGCAUGUCAGACAAUGUUUACAUUGUUUUUUGGUGGUAAAACAUUCGCACCUAAAUGCGUUAUUAAUGGGGUCAAUAUUCAAGAUUAUUUGCAAGAUAAAUUUAUUGACACUGUUAUAACGUUUUAUUCUCGCUGUCUUGAAACAGCACCUUGUUUAUUCACGGAUAAUUGUAUUAUUGGAUUGGAAUCAAUGAAUGAACCCAAUAGCGGAUACAUUGGCAUGGAGAAUCUUGGAAAACUUUCUUCAGAUAGACACUUAAAAUUGGGAACCACACCUACUGCACUGCAAAGCUUUUUACUAGGAGAAGGUGUUGAUUGUGCAGUUGAAUACUACAGAUUGAAACUGUUAGGACCAAUGAAGCAAGGCACCAAGCAAAUCAAGACUAAUAAAUCGAAAUGUUGGUUAACUGAAGAGGAGCGGAAUGAAGUUGAUAUUAAGUACAAAUGGAAACGAGGUGAAGAAUGGUUACCAUAUCAAUGUGUAUGGAAACUACAUGAUGUUUGGACAAGUAAUGGCCAUUUAUUAAAACCAAAUUAUUUUCAUAUUAAUCCAAUAGACAAUUCCAUUAUCGAUGAAAGAACAUUUAUAAACCAAUAUUUCAUGGAUUAUUAUGCCAAAUUAUAUAAAAAAUUUAGAUCGAUUGAUAAUGACCGUUUUAUUUUUAUACAACCGCCAGUCUUGAAAGAACCACCAAAUAUUUUGGGCUCAAAAUAUUCUGAACUAAUUGAUGAUAAAACUGUUUAUGCAUGCCAUUAUUAUGAUGGAUACUCUUUAAUGUUUAAAACUUGGAAUAAAUAUUUUAAUGUGAAUACAUACGCUAUAAUGAGGGGCAAACCUGCCUGUUUCAAUAUAUUGAUAGGUGAACAAAAUAUUCGGAACUCAUUUAAGAAUCAAUUAAAAUCGAUGAGACAAGAAGUGGCAACUAAUAUUGGAUACAAUGUACCGGUCAUAUUCAGUGAAAUUGGUAUACCAUUUGAUAUGGAUAAUAAAAAAUCAUAUUUUAUUCAAGAUCCAACUAAUUGUUAUAAUUCACAGACAAAGGCCAUGGAUGCCAUAAUGUAUGCCCUUGAAAGUAAUAAUCUGUCAUUUAACUUAUGGUGUUAUUGUCAUGUUAACACACAUGAAUACGGAGAUCAUUGGAAUCAAGAAGACUUCUCAAUAUGGUGUAAAGAUGAUAUAAGUUUGAAUCGAAACAUGGUUUCAAAGGUACAGUAUCCUAUGACUCUUAAGAGUGAUAUUAUAAAAUUAGAUGACAGCACAAAUGAAUGGAUUGAAAAGUUAGGAUACUGUUGCCAUUCGGUCGAGCGCAUCAAUCUUGAUGGGAUACGGCCUUUAUCAUCUUUGUUAAGACCAUUCCCAUUGAGAAUAAAUGGGAAUUUUGUUGCAGCCAAGUUUAACCGUGAAUCAAAAGAAUAUUCUUUAAAUUUAAAAUGUAGUGAUAAACAAAAGAAGGACCAAGAAUGUGCAUUUUUUGCAACAUACAUUUUUUUGCCUCAAUAUCAUUUUCCAGUUGCUAAAAUAUCCAUUGAAACUAGCUCAGGUUCACUCAUAUAUUAUGCCAAAUAUCAAAUAUUAAAAUGGCACCAUGAGAUCAUGGGAGACCAAUAUAUAAAGAUAAAACCUCAAAAAUAG